CAUAAAAAAUAAUUCAUACUACUUCAUACUCUCUCUCUCUCUCUCUCUCUCUCUCUCUAGCCAUACUUUAGAUAUAGAUUAUGGAGAAUUACCUAUCUAAAUUUCUUCCAUUUGCAUCAAAUUCUUCACCGCCAGCUUCUUCUUCAACCCUGUCAUUAAGCCCAGCUGUGGAUUUUAAUCUCCAUAAUAGUAGUAAUAAUCAAGGUUACAACAACACAGAAAAUCAAGGUAACAAUAAUAAGUCUUCUUCAUCGAAUAUUGGAUUCUUGGGGCUGAUGUCAGAGAUGGAGAUCCCAGCUAGCUCCAAUAAUGAUGAUCAUCAUGGCCAUCGUCAGAUUCAGAUUGAUCAGAGCUCCGACAGUAAUGGUCAGGUUAUGAAAUCGGAGAAGAGAAAAGGAGAUAAUAGUAAUAACAAGAAAGCAAGAAAGCCUAGGUAUGCUUUUCAGACCAGAAGCCAAGUUGAUAUACUUGAUGAUGGCUAUAGAUGGAGGAAGUACGGCCAAAAGGCCGUCAAGAACAACAAAUUUCCAAGAAGCUACUAUAGGUGCACGCAUCAAGGUUGUAACGUGAAGAAACAAGUGCAGAGGUUAACGAAAGACGAAGGGAUUGUAGUGACUACUUAUGAAGGCAUGCAUUCCCACACCAUCGACAAGUCAACCGAUAACUUUGAGCAUAUCUUGAGUCAGAUGCAAAUCUACACUACUUCCUUUUAAUCCAUUCUCUCUCUCUCUCUCUCUCUCUCUCUCUAGAUAUAUAAUAUAUUCACUUAGUUUAAUCAUAUGAUAUAUAUACUACUAGUACUAGAUCAGUUAGUGGUACGUAGUAUGUAAAUUAUUACACUUCUUUUAUUAUUUUACUUUUUUUAUCUAAUCCACAAACCAUAUAAAAUAACUAAUAUGGCAGCUAACUGGGUUUAGUGCUAUACUUAAAUCAUAUCUGUCAUAUUGAAUUCUUUUGUUAUACAAUCACAAAUAAUUAUGAACAACAGUUCGUACUUCAAAAUAA